AAAUGAAAGCAGACCAUAGACUACUGGCUUGCGUGCAUCACUUCCAAUCCUUAUUCAGUUCAAGCAACACUCUAGACAAUUUGCAUAUCAUGUGCACUCAUGAACAGUUGAGUUUCUGGGAAUAACGAUAUAGCCAAAAACUCCUAUGAAUUGAUCUCCCAGUCAAGAGCCAUACUGAGGAUGUGGGUGUCGCUGGCUAGGCCAGAAUUUAUUGGCAUUCACUAAUUGGCCAGAGGAAAUUUAAGAAUCAACCACGUUGCUGUGCGCCUGGAGUCACAUAUAGAUCAGACCAGGUACUACAGAACUCUUUCUACCCUGAUGUGGUUGGACAACAGAAAUUUGUUUCCUUUUCCCUAAUGGCUCCAAAUUCUGUUGAUAUUGUUGGUCGUGUGCCAGGGGUAUUUGAAAGUGGACAACACCCAGUCAUUCUCUGGGUUCUGCUUGCCAUGGUCUGUGCUGUUUUGCUCCUGACCAUUCUAGUUUUUCUAUGCAGUAACUGCGACAGACACCUGACCAUUGCUGAACAGAAUGGAGACAAUGAAAAUCUAAUGAGUGUGCCUUCAGAGAAAGAGACCAACAGCUAUUCAGUUACAAAUUUUGGGAAUGAGGUGCCAGUAAAUGGACAUGCUGACAGCCUUGCAAAUGGAGACCUUCUUUCAGAUGAGAUUCCAAAUAGUCAUUCUUCUGAAAAUGCAGGGCUUCCGAUUUUAGUAAACCAACAAGAAAGCUCCUGUAGGACUUCAAAAUGUCCCCAGAGUAGAGAACUGCCACAAAUACCUGGGAAUGAUUCCAUACCAAACAACGAAUCGACAACAGUGACUGAAAGAGAGACUGCUCAUGGAGCAUAUGAGCCCUACGAGGUGCUAAAGGACAGUUCUUCGCAAGAUAUAAUUGUUGAAGACUCUCUCUAUGAAACUGUGAAGGAGCUAAAAGAUGAAUCCGGCAGCGUGGAAAAUGAAAUUUAUUCUCAAUCUGAAAAUGUGGAUUUGAACAUUGUGGUACAGUGCCAAAAUCCCAAACUUGCUGGUGCUACUCCAGAAUAUGCAACAGUAAGCAAGGUGAAAAUGAAUCAGCAGAGCACUUCAACAGAAGAGAUGAUGAUUGGUGAGGAUGAAUUACCACCGCUUCCAAUAAAGGAACUGAGUGAAAAUGAGAAUGUGGAUGGUAAAAGUACAGAGAUUGCAGCCAUGUACUCCACUGUGAAUAAACCUGCAAAACAGUGGUCCCAAGCAGAGGCAGAACAGGAAGGUGGAUAUGCCAGCAUCGAUGAGGUGACUCCUCAACGGCGUCCAUCUACAGCCAGUCAUCUGUAUGCAUCUGUAGCUGACUAUGAAAGAGAACCUAAGGUUGCAGAUCAAAAUCCAUCUGUAAAUGAUGUGGGAGAGGAGACUGAUCCAGGAUAUGAGCCCAUCAGAGUUCUGAAAGAGGAAUCUACAGACAAGGAGACUGAGUCCAAUGAAAAUGAAUCCCAGUGCACAGAAGGAGAGCAUGACUAUGAAAGUAUCCGAGAAUUGGAACAGAAACAAAAUAUGAACAAUCCUAAUGUUUAACUGCAGGUCAUUUAGCGCUUCUGAGACACACAAUCCAGCCAUUUACUUUUAAAAUUAUUUGCCUGACAUUUCUCAUACUACAUAUCUUAUAAACAAUGAGUUGAAGGAGGAAAUAUUUCCUACUGCUGCGCCUAUACAUUAAUAAAAAGUGCUUUUGUCUUUGUUGAAUUAGUUUUGGGGAGGGGAAGAAUAAUUCCUGGGUGUCUAAGUCACUUGGUAAUGUUCUUUUCUGUGAGUCUGUUUGUAGGAACACAGUAACCGAUCAAAGUGCAGAAAUAAAUGGCUACAGUCAGCACAGCUGUGUUCUUUGCAAAAUGUAGUAGGGUGAACUCAGUACUUAUAUUUGGUGAAGAGAAAAAUAAGUAUUUUCAUAAAUUACAGAAGUGAGUGAACAGCAAAAUAAAGUGUUCCUCUUUUAAUGUAUGUUCAUUAGUAAAUAGCAACAUAGAAAUACUUCUGUACAUAACCAAAUGAAGAGAAAGUUAACAUUUAGAUGAUUAUGUUCCAAAUAAAUUAGAAUUAAGUGUAUCAUUCAAGAGGCUUACCACAGUGACUGUGUGUUAUUAAGAUUUUGUUCCUACUUUGUCCCUGGGAGCCAUUUAGUGAGGACUAUAUGAACGCACCUAUAGUUGGUUUCUCUAAUUGGUACCAGUAUCUUAAUGUAACUCUGAUAGAAAAACAAUUAUGAAGGAGUUCACUGUCUUCCAUUAAGUGUAAACGUCAUUUUGACUCUCCAAACAAAAAAUCAAGAAUAUGUAGUAUUGGAAAGUGAGCACAAGACAAGAUGUCUUAACCUAUUCAUGCACCAGCAAUGAAACUUCUAAACCGUACUUGCAGCUCAAAUAAUAGAAAAGGACUAACUCCCCAGGUCAGGUCAGGGCUACUCAACACAGAAUAUUUGUUAUGGUUGGGUAGUAAAUAAAAUUCUUUUCUAGAUCUCAAAUCCAGCUCCAGAAGCCUUUUAAUUUCAGGCUUUGCCGAUAAGCUUCAUUAGCAAGUAAACUAUUGGAUCACUCGUCUGAAGGAAAACCACAUUUAAAUGUUGAUAUAUUGCAAAUAUCUAAAAAGAAACUCUGUCAUGCUAUGUGUCAGUUUGAAUGUACAGAUCCUCCAAACAAAUUCUCACCACUAUCUCCUAAAGAUGUCAAUGAUGCAGCCGUACUUUAAUUCCAUUGGAACGAUAUGGUCAGCCCUUGUUCAGGCUGAAAUAUGUAAAUAGGCAUGAACCUCUUGACAAACGAGGAAGGCAGUUAGACAUCUUUGUAUGGAUCUAAUUUGGUUAUUCCCUGCCUAAGCUAAUGCUCUGGGGACCUGGGUUUAAAAAUCCAUCACAGCAGCUGACAUAACUUUAAUUCAGUUCUCCAAUGCCAUGGAACUGGUAAUUGUUGUAAAAACCCAUCCAAUUCACUUGUCCUUUCAUCUUUACCUGGUCUGGUCAACAUGCAACUCCAGAGACAUAGUAAUGUGGUUGACUCUGAAAUUCCCAGCAAGUUACUCAGUUCAAAAGUAAAUAUGGAUGGGCAACGAAUGCUGUCUUUGCCAGUGGUGCCCAUAUCCUAUGAAGGAAUAGAGAAAAUAAAUUGUAAAAUGUUGAGGCUCAUCUAUUGUCCUUGUGGCAGACACUCUAGCAGUUACAGCCAACCUGAAAAUGCUCUAUCCUGCCCUCUAAUCCCUGUCCAUUAACCAAUUCUCUAUUUAUGUGAAUAUAUCACUUUACAAUUCAUGAACCAAUUUUAUAUUGUUGAAUACCUUUUGAAAAUUCAAUCUACUUUACAUUUCUCUGUCUACCCUGUUAGUCACAUCCUCAAAACGUACUCCAAUUUGUGAAAACACUACUUCCCUUACAAAAAAAACCUCUUUGACUCUGUCAGAUCAUACAAUGGAUUCUAAGUGUGUUGUUAGGAUUCCAUUAGAUUCCAGCAUUUUCCUGACUGUACUAAAGCAAUGUUGGGUUACUCAUUCUGACAAAAUGGUAAAGUCCAGCUAGACACCAAAGUCGAUAUUCAUCCCAUUACUUUGUAAAACUUGCACAACAAUGCAAUAAACUGCUUACUAUAGACUGGUGCUUGCUGUGUGCAAAUAGGCCCAUAGGCAUGAACCUCAAUAUUAGGAUCAUAUAUAGGAUCUUCAGUUGUUUCAAUUUCAACAUUUUUGAAGUCUGUAUUGUAAUAUCUUUUUUAAACUCACAACGGUGCCAUUAGCAUUGAUAGCACAUUUAGAUAUUCAUACCACUGGUGGUUCUUAGAAAGUUAUAUUUCAGAAUUGUAGAUUAAAUUUGAAUGCUGUGACAAUAUAUAAUGCACAAUUAGGAUGCACAUGGAGACGUGAUGUGCCAAUUAUUUUAGCAGAGUCCAUUCUCUACUGCUGACAAUGAAAUUAUAUCUUUCAAUUGCAGAAACAUAUAGAGCAGUGAAAGAGCCAAGGUAGGUUGUUUGGAAUCAAUGAUUGAUUUGUUAUAAUAUAUGUUAAAACAGAUAUUUGCCAGAGCAGAGCAAGUAAUGAAAUAGAAUUGAUCUAAUCGAUUCAACUCUGUCAACGGAACUUGAUGCAAGAUGCCUGUAGUUGGGAAGCCUACUUACCAACUGCACUUGUUGUAUUGCAGUAUUUGUGAACCUCUGUUAUUUAUGUCAACAACAAUAUAAGGUACUUAUUACAUGAAGUUCAACAACUUUUGUAUUCACUUUAAAAACACUUUUGUACUUUUUAAAAUUACAAUAUAUAUUGGCAAAUAGUUUAUUUUACUGAGGACUAAAAGGAUAAAUUUCUAAAUCUUUUCUUUUUGUAAAAUAAACAGUUUUUAUUUUGUUUUACAUGUUUAAUAAAUUCAGUGUGCAUAUUUAGUAAAAUAGAAUGGUUUUAAUUAAAAUGUUUUCAACAAACAUUUUCUCAGCUGGGUAGUAAAGGGCUCCUGCAUCAUUUUCAUUGCAGCAAUGCCUUGUGGAAGUGAUUUCUCAUAUCUGAAUGUGCCCUUCAUCAUGCCAAGUUUUUGGGAACUAAAAACUAGUGCGCAUUUUUAUUAUAUUAAGACAAAGCUUUUGUUUUGAAUAUUUUGUAUAUUACUGUUUAUGCUGAAGUUCUUCAUCACAAAAUCUCUCCUUAAUUUGAGUGAAAUUUGGAUCUCUGUCAUCAAAAGACUUAGACUGAAUCAUGGUGAUUUUUUAAAUUAGGGGAAGAAACUACUGCCAAAUACUAACCUAACUUCCUUGUCACUUUCCCUUUUCUGUAAAUAUACAGCUAACAUGUAUUGGAGCCUUUGUUUAGAUUUACUGUCGGAAGUCUGAUGAUUAAUUAUAAAAUUUGUCCCAUGACUAUAGUCUUCAGUAUAAAAAGCUGGUCGUAUUAUUUUGAUUAAUUAUACAUUUUAUUCAAAAAGGAAUCAGGUUACAUUGUACAGUGACCCCCCCUUCUAGUUGACCUGGUCUUUUCUCUUGUUAUUUACAUCCUUGAUGUUAUGCAUUUGGUCCGUGACUGUAAUUUCUUGUAUCAAAAGAAAAUGUGGGAAUUGAUGGAUUGUGUUCAAAUGUGUGAACGAUUGGCAACACUGUUAAAUAAAGAAAACAUUUGUUUAGGUCUA